AGUCUGGGCAACUGAGUGGAGUUGAUUGUUUACUGGCCGGAUGCCCUUCCUGUCGCCAAUGCGGAGUUUUGUUCAGCAGAUAUAUAUUCUCAUUGUGCCCAGAGAGAGAAGUAUCUGCCUCUACCUAGGAUCGAACUCACAGCCUCCUGAUUGUUAGGCGAGAGCGCCAUGGUGACGCCUUCAUUUAAUCGACAAAAAUUGGAUUUCCUCCUUCAGAGAAAGCUUCCCACUGGCUGUGUCCAAAAUGUCUUCGGAGCCAACUUCAGCCCACCAACGGUCUCCACCUCCCAGGGGUCUCCAUCUGCCAGAAGGUCGCCGGGCCAGAGACCGUUCUCCUUCCCCCAUGAGGGGUUAUCUGAUCCCAAGCCCACUUCCGACUCGGAGGAACCGCACAUUUUCAGCGACGACACGAGCCGCCGAAGGACCCACCUAUAGUGGGGUGUGUAAAUGCUUCUGCCGAUCCAAGGGCCACGGCUUCAUCACACCUAGUGAUGGAGGCCCGGAGAUCUUCGUCCAUAUUUCUGAUAUUGAAGGAGAAUAUGUUCCGGUAGCUGGUGAUGAGGUCACCUACAAGGUGUGCACCAUUCCACCAAAGAACGAGAAACUUCAAGCUGUAGAGGUCAACAUCACUCACCUAGCUCCGGGCACGAAACAUGAGACGUGGUCGGGACACGUGGUCAACUCCUAGAGGGAGUUCUGAAGCCAUGUUGACUGAAGAGGACUAUUGGAUCGUGUUCAGCAACUUAGAGUAGCCAAGCCCGAUGAGUUUUCUGCAGAUUGUGUAAUUGAAAACAGGGUUCCAAAAGUGGCCAGAUUAAACCCUUUUUUUAAUAAAAUAAAAAAAAAAUAGCACCAUGAUUUUCAAAGCAUACAAAUUAAUAAGUGGAAAAAUCGUAGUGUUCGGGCUGGCAGGGAAGCAAAUGUUUAGCUUUUGCUUUACAAUUUGAAUGCUUUUUUUCCCCCUUCAUUGAAUCGGAUAUUCCAAAGAUCUUUACAAAGUUCUCAUCGGAAGAGGAGAAAUUGGAACCGAACCAUCUGCUCAAAAGACAGGAUCCUCUAGGUGGUCUCCUUCCUCAAUCUGAUAACUUUCAGAACUCCAAGUCGCCACUUAGAAGGCUAGGCUGGCUGUGUAGCAUAGUGGUUGAAGUCCCAACACAUCUGAAUAGAUCAGAUUGAAGAAGGCAGCAGCUGCUGAGUUAAAGAGGUUUUCCCGCUUUGGGUGGUAGGAUUUAGGGGCAAACAAUUUAGGAGAAUGGUUCUUUGCUUUAUAGCAGAAAAUUAUUGAUUUUGCUGGUUGUUUGGUUUUUGGAUUAGGGAAGCCAAGGGUAAUAGCUUGAGAAAAUACCUACAGAGGGUUUGUGUUCCUAUAAUUUGAUGUUCUUGAAUGGUUUAGAGCAGCUAAAAUAAGCAACAAAGAGCUGCCUUUUCACAUAGAAACUUUUUUCCCCCACAUAGUGUUUUGGUUGAAUAUUAGUGUGUUAGUUGCUUGUAUUUUUAUUUUUCUCAAAAAUAUACACAUCAGCUUUUCUGGCAGUGACUUGCUGCAUGUACCCUAACCUCACACAUACACACAUACAACACACACCUCUGAUUCAAACUUUGAAAAUCAUUGUUGGCUUCUUCAGCUGACAGCCUCUUGCUAUUACAACUGUUGUGUGCAUGCACAUAAUUUAAAGGUUUGAGGUUUGUAGUUUGCAGUUCAUGGUUGUUUCAAAACGCGUUUGCUUUUUCUCCAGCAAAAAAAAAUAAAAAAAAUGUCCUGAACAGUGUUUAACUUUUAGGAGGGAGUGGAGGGAAAUGAGAUGUUUGGAAUGAGUUCUCUUUGGGGGGAAUUGUGUGGAAGUAUUAACAGUCUCUGACCAAAUGACAGAUAAAAUAUUACAAAUAAAAUAUUUGCAGUUUGAGGAAACCUUC